AUGACUCGUAUGAAUUCGGUAUCUCCGCCAUCAUUAGCAAGCAUACAUAGCAGUAUUUUAUCAGAAUCUGUUUCUAUUGCAUCACGAAAAGCAUCAUUCGAUAUUCCGUAUAAUAUAUCUUAUCUACUUAAACGUAUUCGAGGUCAACAAAACUUUAAAGUAAAGAAUUUAUCAUCUGAAUAUAAUACUCAAGAAAAAUCAGUAUGCCAUGAGCCUGUAGUUCACCAAUAUAAGUCAUUACUCAAUAAUAAUAUAAAAUUGGCAGAUAUCCAAAAGUCACAAUAUAAAACAGAUGUUAGCACACCGAUUCUUAGGCGUAGUAAGAUAAAACAGCUUAACUUUGAUCGAUUGAAACGCAAUACAAACGUAUUUACCAGAGAUCAAUUAAACAAACAAUACCAUAUUCAACGGCAAAAAUCAAAUAAAAGAUUUUUCAAAAAAAUAAAAGGUGUAACAAUUGGUGGUUGGAUUGGUGGUCUUUUCGAAUUGAUCUCUAGCGGUCACAAUGGUUGUAGCAAUGAAUAUCGUGGUCAUUUAAAAUGUCAAGCCAAAUAUAAAUCUUUAAAUGUUACAACACAUUGUAUUAAUAUUUUCUAUAAAAAUUCAAUUCUACACAAUGCUCCAUUUAUUUGUCUAUGUCGCUUUCGUAAUAAUUCACAAGGAAAAUAUCGUGAUUGUGAAUUUCUUCACGCGAACAUACAGUAUAUUUAA